CAUUUCCUGGUGGAAAUAAGCAUCUAUAAUUGUGAAAAAUAAUCAUAAAUUUAGACUACUUUCACAUUCAGGUGUAAUUUAAGGCUUCUAGGGGAAGUCCAGUUCCUUUGCCAGACCCCUAUACAUUCCACAUUUUGUGGUGCCUUGACUACAUCCCUGAAUAUAGAAUAUCUAGCCCAUAGCUAGAAAGGGUGUCUUUUUCCCUCUCAUGCUACCCUGCACCUGCCCCAAGGUGCAUGUCUCUGCCUCGGCAUGAUUGGACAUUUGCCUCCACUGGGAGGGUCCAGAUACAGGUAUUUCAACCAACACAGACACCAGAUAUGUUAAAGAAAAGGUAAAACGGUAAAGAGUGAAGCAUUUUAAAACAUCAAAUAUUAACUGUCAGGUGUGAGAAAUUGUGAGAGGAGUGUUUCAAGAGACAGACGUGAAGAAUGGGCACAAUGAAGUGGCUGGUGAUUUUUAGCUUGCUGGGCAUAUGUUCACAGGCUGCAGCACAAUCAGCUAUCACAGUAUCCGUGUUCUCGGUAACAUCCAAGACUGCGAUUCUCAAAUGGACCAGGUACUCUGGAGCCAGCUCAUACAAGAUCACCGUCGCCCCCAAAAGCUCACAGAACACCCCCAUUGCUUUUGCCCAGUUUGGUCCCAACACAGUGAUGGGCUCUGUCAACUCUCUGUCCCCGAACAUCGUGUAUGCCUUCACAGUCGAAGCUUUGGAUAAUUCCCAAGGAGUACUGAGCAGUGCACAUAUUGAGUCAUCAACAGCCCCCGAGAUGAUGGAUCCCAUCCAGACAGUGAAGCCGAAGGAUAGCCAGACCUUGAUGGUGGGGUUCAGCUUGAAGACCGGGGCGACUCAUUACAUCAUACGAGUCCAGAGUGCCAAUGGCUUCUACAGAGAAGACACAGUGUACUCCUCCCCCGCUGAGAUCGGGUUCCUCACACCGUACACUGAGUACUCGCUCAGCAUCAUAGCUGUGAACAGUGGAGGUCGCAGCCAGCCGUCACUUCCUGUGACUGAAAAGACAGUUUUGCCUCCUCCUCAGCUCUCCACCUCCUCUCCCAGCAACGACAGCAUUGUUGUAUCCUGGGCCCCUGUUGCCAACGCCGUCCAGUAUACCCUGUCUAUAUACAAGUUUGGCUCAAGCACCAACAUGAAGCAGAACACCACCAACACCAAUUUGACCAUCUCUGGCCUGGAUGCCGGCUCACUCUACAUGAUCAGAGGUUUUGCCUGGGAUCCUGAGGGCCGACAGGGAGAGGGCAGUUUGUACAUCAACCAGACAACACGACCUCCAACACCAGCUUCUGUCAAUGUCUCUGUGGUGAUGAAUAAUAGCCUGGCUGGACUGUCUGUGUCCUGGGAACUGGAGCAGGAUGUUUAUGGAUCCAUUCAGUACCAUGUGAUGAGCGACCAGAACCUCACAUGCAACUCCACUUCCAAAUCCUGCACCCUGUCUCCAGUGGGCUGUGGGCAGAUACACACUAUCCAGGUCACUGCUUCAAACGAGGCUGGGUGCGGCUACCCAUCCAGCCCCGAGGUGUUCAUCACCUUCCCCUGCCCACCAGAGUCUUUGGCUCUCGAGGAGCCGGCAGAAGGAAACUGCACACUGACGUGGAACACGGUGCCUCAUGCCGACUCCUACGUGGCCUACAUCAAGAGAGGUGACGGCGGUGAGGAGACAUGCAACACCACCAGCAACAGCUGCACCUACCACUGUCAGUGUGGCUACACAUACCUGAUGUCUGUGUUCGCCUUCAACCAGGCCGGCAGCAGUCCUCAAGGAGAGAUUCUCAACUAUACCACCUUGCCCUGUUGUCCAGAGGGUGUGUCCGUCUCCCUGGUGAGCACUGACACUCUGGAGAUCAUGUGGACAGCCUCGCGGGGGGCAGAGCUGUAUGAGACUCGGGCGGCGGACGGUUCAGAGGUCAUCCUGUGUAACGACACGGCACCUGUGUGCGCCCUCUCUGACCUCAGCUGUGACAGUCCCUACAGCGUGGUGGUGACACCCUGUAAUGAUAUCAGUGGAUGUAACCGUGCAUGCAAAGCUCACACCAAAGAAACAGCUCCCUGCAUGCCAACGAAUCUGUCACUGAAUCCGAAAAACUCCUCCUGCGUCAGUGUCAGCUGGACAGCAAACAACCGCGCCGCCACUUACACUGUGAGCGCGUCGGGAGAUGACGGCACACACACCUGUACCACCGGUGGAAGCAGCUGUGACAUCACUGAGCUUCCCUGUGGCUCCACCUAUGAAGUCAGCGUCAUAGCAACCAGCGCCGCCGGCCAGAGCUUACCCAGCUACUCUGACUCUCUGGAAACAGAACCCUGUUGUCCGGUGAGCCUAUCAGUGGCUCAGGUCACUCAGGCAAUGACCAACGUCUCGUGGUCUCACGCCAAAGGUGCACAUACGUUCAUCACCUCUCUGACAUCACCGCGCGGUCACGCCCGCUGCCACACCCAGGACUCCCACUGCCUCAUGGGAUGCAUCACCUGUGGCACAAACUACACCGUCACAAUGGAGGCGUUCAGCCACAGCGGGCGCAGUUCCAACUGCACCUAUCAGGGCUUCUCGUCCAGUGCCUGCUGUCCGUCAGGUGUCAGGCUGUACAGGACGGCCAGUAACUCUCUGCGGGUGUACUGGCGCAGCGCCGGCAGCAGCCACAGCUACAUUGCAGAGAUGGUGGGAAGCAGCAACAACUACACGUGCGAUGCAUCUUCCGGGGAGAGCAGCUGUGAUAUUGGCAGCGUCCAGUGUGGGGAUGUGUAUCAUGUAGUGGUGGCCCCGCUGACAUCAGAGGGCAGCAAAGUCCUGUUCUGUCCUCAGAGACUGUACUCAGUCACUUGUUCAGGAAGCAAUGUUGGCACAGUGAUUUACAGAGGGAAGAGAAGUCUGGACUAGCAGAUGCCUUCUGUCAAGUAAUACAAGUUCUUCAUCCUCCUCUUCCUCCUGAAUCACCCCUGCUCCUCCAGAAUGAAGUCAGUCUGAAAGAUACCGUAAAUAAAAGAACAACCUGACAUAAACAUGCCAGUCUUUUGGCCAUGAUACAUGGAUGAUAGUCUACCAAACGACACACAGUGGGAUAACAUGGCGAGCAAUGAUAAAAAACAUGAUUGACAAAUUGUUUAGUCUUGUUAACCUCCCUUUAAAUGAUGCUUGUGUACGAUGGCAAAGCAAAACAUCUCUCAACAGUCAUGAUCAAGUACUUAAAUACGAUAAAAUAAAGGACAAGCAUGAGAAAAUGCUGUGUGUACUAAUCAAAAGAUGAAUCAUGAGGCAAAAACAUGGUAUAGAUUUGGUAAAUAUAAAAAAAGUUUUUAUCCAUGAACAAGUAGAGCUAAAUUUCUAUGCUGUACUGACUAAUUUGGGCAAUUGAAAAUGAAUUUUCAAAAGAGCAUAUAACUGAGCUAUUGGGUAAAAGACAAACUAUAAAUAUACUAACUGUAACUGUAACUGACAAAAACCUCAGUUAGCGAAACAAAUUCAGUAACAGUAACAGUAUCCCAGCGGCCAAUUUCAACAAUUUAUAAAAUAUUUUGCUCCUGAAUUUUGAGACUAAAUUAAAACAAAUUUUGUAGCUCCAGCCCCAAGUAGGAAGCCUCCUGAGGAUAAAUGAUGAGUGCUGCUCAUCAUGUGUCACUCUGUUGUCUACAAUAUACAGAGUGAGCUGUUGCUUAUUCUCAGGAUGAAUUUAACAGUUUGGAAUAUAUCUGGUUGUGUAAACCUGAUGCAUUAUUCCAGUUUCUGUUAAUAAAGAAUUCCCAGCAUCAUA